GAUCCAGACGGGCUUCCGACAGCAAUCUCGAGCCCGCAGCCAGGGUGCCGUUGCCAAGGGCUGCUGCAGACGCACGAACCACAGAGCCAAGCUGCACCAUGCUUGGCCGGGAUACUGAUGCUGCCAUGGAUGGCACCGCAGCCAAGACGCCGCUCGUCAUCGAGACCGCUCUCGAGGAUCUCAAGGUGCGAGUCUAUGCCAGCAGGCGGCCAUCGCUGGUCCGGCUUGCAACGCCCGCAAACAAGAUGGCAACGCAUCGAUUUGCAUCUCCGCUUGGCUCUAUCGGAUGGCUGGGCUCACCUACUGUUCCCAUCAUCUCCAGGCCAGUGUUAUUUCUGGUCUCAAUUCUGUCUGUCUCAAGUCUCUCGAAGCGAGCCAUGUUCUCGGCCAACAAGAGUUGUUGCAGGCGAUUGAAGAUAGACUCGAUCAAUUGGAUGAGCAACCCAAGCUCAUCCAGGGGCAGUACAGCCAACUCAGUUUACUCACACAUAUCUACACCGAGUUUAUGGGGUUCGACAUUAAGCUCUCCAACGGCUCCGUACGAGACGCCUCAAAAAGCAUCCUGGAAAUGGAGCGGAUCGUCGAUGAGUUGGGCGGCUUGCCAGAUUUGCUGGACGUGGGUGAUCUCAAAAACAUGAUCGAGGAGCACUACUUGACCCUCAAGAGCAGCCUCGUGCACUUCCUGCAAACGUUGUUUUCGGCAACCUACCGCAUUUCAAAGAGCCAUAACAGCGUUUGGGAGCUGAGCGUGGCAAAUCGAGUAACAACUGCUCUGGGAAUCAAUUACAUGCAUAUCCCAGUCCCGGUUGAAGACAUGCUAGACGCUAUGGAGGAUCUUGAUGUUUUGGUACCACAGCUCAAGCGACUGAACCAAGCGCUGGUGGAUCACUUUGUCAAGCCUUUGAAGGGAGCGACCGAUGCAGACAUCCGGGUGGUUUCCACGCACUUGGCACAUACGUUGCAAUACGCGAGAUCGAUUCGAAAUGCUGAGCAGAAGAACGAAGAUAUCUCGCACAUCCUACAGUCACUCCAAAAAAUUGCCGUCUUUGUCCGCGACCAUGUACUUCGCGGACAUUACAUAGAAGAGUACGAGCAGCUUUGGGCGCCAGGGGUGAUUGCGUUUGUGAGAGACAUUUGUCUUCGGUCACCCAUCAUUCAAGAUUGCCUCGAAUCUGGAACAGACGAUGGGAGUGGUCUGCGCACAGAGGUCCUCAAGUUCGAUCGCGAGCUGAAGGAAAUGAAUAUGCUAUCCCACUCUCGUACGGAUUUGCAGAGCCUGGUUGGCAAUAUCCCUGUGGUGCGGAUGAAGUCCAAUCGAACCAAGCUUCUCGCCACCGUUCGAGACAUUUUGAGGCAGAGCGACAACCUCACGGCUGAGGUGUGCGAGGCGACCGAGCGAGGUGGCCUCAAGAGCGCCCACGGAAGCGGAAAGAAGGCAUCGUCGCAGCCGGUCAAGGAGAAGCGCGGCGAUAGCCAGGUCUAUAAGGAAGUUUCGAGCACAUUCGACCUCAAAAAGUGCCGCAUAUCGACCCAGGUUCAGACAUUGGUGGAGAUGAUCUAUCUGCUCAUGGAUCAGGCAUGCAAGACUAAAGACCUAAUCGAGUCAAAGGAAAAGAUAUGCUGCAUCCGUGAUAUUGUUUCCAUGUUCAUAGCAUGCACGCCGGUUUACCACGGAGACGACAUAUACAACAUCCCGUCGCGGGCCAUGUUGUUCUACAACGACUGUGAAUAUCUUUGCCAUCAUCUACUGUUUCUGGGACCGAGUUUCUCGCGUGAGAUCCAAGAGGAGCUCCGCCAUUUAGUGUUGUUUGUGGACUAUAUCCACCAACUACGCAAGCUCUCCGAGACGCACUUUCGAGUGCAUUUGCGAAAGCAGCGCGAUAUUCUUCUGCACAAGCUGGGGCUCGCACAAGGGUUUCGGUUGGACAGCGAUGACGAAGCAACACUUACGACCUGCGAGAGCGCUGUCAGGGAUACUCUUUACCAGCUGGAUCAGAUUGCACGCGCCUGGAAGCCAAUCGCGCAGCAAGAUAUGUUGCACCGCGCCCUCGGUCUUUUGGUGGACCAAGUCCUUGCCAGUCUCUCCGAGCAAGUUGAGCUGAUCGAGCCUGGAGUUGGCGAUCUCUCCUCCGGCUGUGCGAUGGAGAUGUCGUUUGAGGCAUCGCCAACGCGCCACCAACUCAAGCACCUGGUCCAACGAUUCCGCGUCGUCGAAAAGUACUUUGAUGUCGAAGACACCAAACACACAGGGCUUGGUGCCGGCGGCAAAAAGACCCAGUCUGGUAUAUCCGAUUUCGUGCCGAGCUGGCCGGCAUUCCUCACGAUGUGCGAGCGCUUGGACCAGCUGAUAUACAGCGUAUCCAGUUCGAAACGGGGCACCCUGUUUUGAGUCAGAGCUGCCGCUGCUUUCUGUCCCUGAAUACUCCCAUUCAUCGCCAUCAUGGCCAGACAGUGCUCAGUGUGCCCGGGCCAGGCGACUCGACAUGGUUGAGUAUCUUGAUAUGGAGUAACCAUGAAGCUGGCCUGAGAUCAAAUGCACCGGAG